CUCACAACUAUUACUGUCACAUCGCAACAACGAGUCCUUCAGGUCUCCAGUCAUGGUAUCUUCAGGAAAACCUACCGUGAUCCAUCAGGACUACAUAGCGCGGAUACGCUAUGCCAACACUCUUCCACCACCACCAUGUCCUCCGAAGCUUCUCGACAUUCCCAAUACGGGACUUUCAAGCGGCCAAUACACCUCAACUGGCUUUGCCUCUAGACUUGCGCGCGAGCAGCCGCUGAAUAUCGAAGCGGACGCAGAAUUGGGUAUGCCGAUCGACCUGGUCGGUAUCCCGGGUGUUUUCGAUGGCGAUGAAUCAGCUAUCAGCGCACUCCCUACUCCACCACCGCUUCACCCGGCUGACCGAGCCCUGAUGCGCCCGCCGAAUGCGCUGGGAAAAAACUCCGCCAAUGCUUCCAGUGCCUCAUUCUUGCGCCGCACCGAGUACACCACUUCUCAUACACAAGGCGGCAUGAAAUUCGAGUCCAGCAACUCAUCCAACACGAUGCGCGUGCGCAAAAAGCGGGCGCGUGGACAUAUUGCGGAGGAUGAUCCCAUUCACAUCACCAGACACGUGCAACGAGGCUUUAACAUCGCCUACCCAGAAGAUGCGUACACUGGUCCUGAUACACAUGAGAACAUUCGCGGUGCCGACAUACUUCCCGAGGAAAGGCAGGCAUGGAAGGUACCAAAGAAUCCUCAUGACCCCAAACUCGAGUGCAUCGGCGCGUAUCCCUUGCUGCCUGACUGGGACGCUGUACCCGACACAGGCUCCUACAUGCUCCACAAGUUUUCCGCCGCACCGAUCAACAACCCUGCCGACCCUUCGUACGAUCCACGUCUGGAUGUCGCCAUCUUGCGUCCCAUUGGACAGACUGUACAAGAUGAACAGGCUUUCCGUCAGGAGCAAGAGGCUCACAAGAUCGACCCGACAACCAACAACCACCCUAUCCCGCGCUUCCAUUACGAGUUCUUCCUCCCAUCCGACCGCUCCAAGGUGCAUGGCAUAAAACGCAACUUCACCACCAACGACCCCAAUGAUCCCUCUCUUCCCUUUGACGAAGCCCACGACAACGAAGAUCCUGAUGCCCCACCCCGCAAGUACUUUAAGUAUGAGAACAUCCGCACAUACGAGACGGAGAAGCAGACGGGUGACCCAGAGCGCACGUAUGACGAUGUCGUCGCGCUUGCUCUGCAUGAUCCCGACAUCCAUAGGGACGAGCCCCUGCGCAACACGCAGCUACAGAAGGCCGCGUACUUUUACCCCAUCAUGCAAAGGACUGUCAUUCGUGGACGUAGACCUGGUAGGGUCGAGUUCUCGGAAGAACAGCAAAAAGUACACAUCAUCGAGAGCGCGGCGAGGGAUCCGGUUGGCGAAGCUGAGAGGCGCGAGCAGGUGCGGAGAAGAUUCGAUCCUUCGCUCGCUGUGCAAGAGGUUUGA